GUGGUGGGACGACAAGCAUGAAGGCAGCACGAGAAGAGAGGAGGUAGAUACCGCUUACUACUGCACUUCACCUCCGUCCUCGACACGGAUCGAGUGCGAGCUGGUCAGCAAAGGAUAGUAAAUAAAAUAAAAAACGAAUAAAAGCGAAUUUCUCCCUCGAAACGUAAAGCCAACGAAUAGGAUAGUAAACGUCCUUCAAACAUUCGAUCGGAUCGGAAGUGAAAACAAUUUUUUAUUAACAUUUUGUGAUUAGUUGUCACAAACGAAGUAAAAGAAAAAAAGAGACAGAGAGAGAGAGAGAGAGAGAGAGAGAGAGAGAGAGAGAGAGAGAGAGAGAGGGAAAGAGAGAAAUCACGAAUAAACGGACGAUUAAGUGAACAAAUUUGAUAAAAUUGAAUGCUAGUGAUUUUGUUAGUGAUCACAUUUGUGUCGGGCUAGCACCAGUGUUUUCGUGCCGUACAGAAGAAUGCGGUAGGAUGCGCAUCCAGAAAAGAUGUUUUCUAUGUACGCUGGCGGGACUUUGCCUUUUAGGCCUGCUAGCCUUUCCCUCCUCUGCGCUGGACAUCGAAACUAUCGCAACAACAACGACGAUGACGACAACAAUGACGACGACGAUGAUGACGACGAUGUCAACGACAACAGCAACGAACGCUGCCGAGAACGAAAAUAUAUCGAGAGUCGAACCAUUGGAAACUAGGACAAAAAACGAGACAUUUAAUUCGAAAACCGAAUUAUUGGCUAAAGAAGCGGACUCGAAAGUAUCAAUAGAGGCCAAAAAGAAAUCCGUAGUCGACUUUAAAUCGAAAGUGGAACAAAAAUAUCAGAAAUUGUAUAAGGAGGAUGAAGCAAAGUCUUCGACCGCUUUGGUAUCUUCAAGUAAUACCACAGAAUCAAGGUCCUCAAAUAGAAAAGAAAGUACUGCUAUACCUCUUCUAUUUCGCGGAGAGGUAAUAGCUGGUUCUACAAUGAGGAUACUUGAUGUAACGGAUACAUCAACGUCGACAGAGGGGACGACAGAGGAAACAACGACAGAGGGAACGAAGAUUACGGAAGAACCGCGAAUCAACGAAGCGACAUCCUCUUCCAGAGGAAGAGCACUUAAUGUUUCUAGGCCCGAACCAACUAAUUCUUUGCAUGCCAAUCUGACGGACUUGAGUGACGUCAGCAUGGACGAAGACGACAAAGAAGUCGAAGGAGGAGAAUACGUGGUACCUCACAACGAGACAGUAUUGAACGUUUCAUCGAGCUUGCUGCCUAGUUUGAUUCAGUGUACCGACAAUGGACGAACCUAUUCCGUUGGAGAGAAAAUUGUAAGGGAUUGCGAAGAGAAAUGUACCUGUAAGGAGGGUGGAUUUAUCGGCGAUUGUAGACCACUUUGUAUUUCGCCUUACGUUAGAGCAGGCAGAGGAAUACAUGAUCCUCUUUGCGAAGAGAAAUUAGUGAUCGAGGAACCGUGUUGCGCUCUCUUGGUCUGUGCCGCGGAUUCAGCCCCAGAACCGGAAGAGACCUGCUUAUUUGGAAACAAAACUAUUUCGAGAGGACAACGUGUUGUAGAUGGUUGUACGAAGAUAUGCAUUUGCGAAGCUGGUGGAAAUCUCAAAUGUCAACCAAGAUGUCCACCAAAUGAAACCACCUCUAUCGCGAGUCAACACGAUCGUUGCGUCGAAUUGAUGGAUCCAAGAGAUUCUUGUUGCACUAUAACACUCUGUGAUGUUACUCUUGGUGAUCACGAAAUCAAAGCUGAAAAUUCGACCGAUUUGAGCGUCAAUCUGACCGAUGUUAAAGUUUUAAAUUCAACGGCAAUUAAGCUAAAACUUUCUGGAAAAAAUUUAGAAACGGUUGCUAUUGAAAUAUCCGAUAAUAAUCACGUUUGGAGACAACAAAAGCCGGAUAAGGCUGGCAUCAUUUCGAACUUAGAACCAGCGCGUACAUAUUAUGUUCGAGUUACCGAGUCAGGCCGAACUGGUCCAGCUAUUCAAAUAUCUCUGCCUGCGGAAGUAAUAAAAACUAACGUUUCGGAGAAAAUGUUCGAUAAAAACUCAUGCAGUCACAGAGGGAAAUCGUAUAAGCUUGGAGCAGAAUGGUACGACGAAUGUAUUUCCUUCUGCAUGUGUGCUGAAGGUGGAAAAGCAGAAUGUGUUACGAUACAGUGUCCUACAGAUUUUGGAUUGGACGUUUUGGAUCCCCAUUGUCUUGAUUGGGAAACCGUUCCAGCGAAUUUCGUUCCCAAGGCACCUCAGUGUUGUCCUCAGGAAGUCCGUUGUAGAAAUAAUGGAUCUUGCAAUUACGAAGGAGUAACGUAUGACAAUUGGAGCGAAUUACCAUCAAAUGUAACUGGAUGUGAAAAAAGAUGUUAUUGUGAAAUGGGAAAUGUGUCCUGUCAAGCAGCCUGUCCACCGGUUCCUGCUUUGCCACCUGUAACCUUACAAUGUCCAUCAUAUCAAGCAGCAUUGAUGCAUCUGCCUGGAGAUGAAUGUUGCUUACAUUGGGUCUGUGGACAUCCCUCAUUACAGGGUACAGGAAUGAACGUGACGCCCACGUUCCCCGGCCCCUUAGCCACAGACACGUUCAAUCGGAAAUUGAUUGACGAUAGCAAAAGAUCGAAUAACGAGUCGGAAAUGGUCAGGCCCAGCCAGGAACCGGAACAUGGCACUUCCUCCUUGCGGGAAGAUUCAAAAAACACUAAUACUUACUCUUCCCCUGCCACUACUCAUGGACUCUUUCAUUAUCCUAUGGAUCCUGGACAUCCUACCGUACCAUACAAUGGACCUUAUAGCCCUGACUAUAAUCCUACUCAUCCUAUCAUCGACGAUGUCUUUCAUUUGUCCUCUCAAACCGAAAAAUUAUUGCUCAAAGAUAAAUCAAAAUCUAAGUUGGAUUCUAAAAAGCCCAUCGAACCAGUGAAAACGCAUUUUCCUGGACCUUUAAAUCCCGAUAAAUUUCCCGAUAAAAUUAUGUCCGUUCCGAAUCAACCGAGCAUGGAUAAUCAAUAUAUACAUAGUACGAUUAAACCAAGUAAAUUACCAUUUUUACAGAAAGGCAGUCACAACGUUGACCAACCUCAAUUUAUACCGUUAAAUACUCAUCAGGAAUCCGACGAUUCCAGUUUCUCAUUUGUACCGAAUAACGGAGAGAAUAUACCUCCUGCUAGUUUUAAUUCGCAUUUUGAUGACAGCGCGGCAGGACCACCUUACCGUGAUUCGAUACCAACAAAAUCAGAUCCGAUCGAUCCAAACGUGAUAGUUCAAAUGAAUUCAAAAAAGAAAACUCAAAUUGACGAUAAUUUCUCCGAUUUAGACAAGAUCAAAACGACGGCACCUACUUUACCGGGUAAACCAAAACAAGGUCAACGCAAUCCCGAACAAGAGAUCGCACCCGACGAACUUUAUCAUCUUAUAAACAUUCAACAUCCUGGCUUAAUUCAACUUGAUCAUGGUCCGCCUCAGGGACAUUCCGGUAUUUACAAUCUUCAUCAACAAAUCGCAACACAAAAGCGACCAUCCACUAAUCAAAUACAAACAAGUUAUUUUGGAACCCCACCACCUGUAGCAAAAAAAACUGGCAAGCCACACAUUUUUACGCAAAAGAGUGAAAAUGGACAGACCACUUAUCAUAUACACACUCCAGAUAUUCCUAAUACUCCUCAACAAAUAGAAGAAUUGUUGGCUCAUAUUAGUCAACACGAUCCUAAUCUAGGACCUUUCCAACAUUAUCCUGGACAGCCAGCAAUACCUCAUAACAUACCAACCGGUCCGCAACCUUCUCUACCGCUUCAUAUUGAUGCUCAUAUACCACAUUCAGGACUCACGCACUUGAAUCAUCCGUUCGCAGCACAAACGCCAAACCAGUCAGGAUUAGAUCACAAUGUGCCACCAGGUUUUCCAUUAACAGGAGGUAUUCCUAAUUUUCCUGUAUCAUCUUCAUCUGAUGAGGUCACUGUACAAGUUCUGGAAGCUCUCGAUGAAAGUACAGUACGAUUAGUAUUUACGGUACCAACGAUUUUAGUUGGUCUUCAUGGAAGAGUUGAAUUAAGAUACACGAGUGACUCUAAAAAUUUUAAUCCUACUACUUGGAAAUCUAAAGUAUUUGCACCUCCUGGUGAUUUAAUAGCAACUCCUCAAUUGGAAUUCGAAUUAGAUGAUUUAAAACCAUCGACAGAAUACAAAGUGAAAAUAACGGUGAAGCUAAAAGAUUUAACGAACAGUCCUACGAGUAAAAUAUACUCUAUACGUACUUUGGAAAAGCAAGCUGAGAUUACAACAUUACCACCACAAAUACCAAUCGAUGCGGAAUUACAAAUAAUGGAAACAAAUUCGAGUUGGAUAAAUAUUAUGUGGAAGAAAUUUACCGAUUACGAGUUACAAUUCAUCGAUGGUGUUCAAUUACGAUACAAGGAACACGAUGGGAAAGUAUAUGCAGCAACGCCAUUGAUUCAUAGAGCUGUCACGAAUUAUGUUAUAGAAAAUCUUAAACCGAUGACAACGUACGAAAUUGGAAUUUAUUUUAUACCAUUUCCUGGACAAGCUACUGAACUUGUAGCAGAAAAAACGAUUCAUGUAACUACAUCCUCUGAGCCAGAUCCUUAUUCAUUUGACGUAAAAGUUGAAAUAAAAACUAUCAAGUCGACCGAUGUUGAAAUAUCUUGGAGUGGAGUUCCUUAUCCUGAAGAUAAAUAUGUCAAUAUUUAUCGAGCAAUUUAUCAAAGUGACAGUGGUAAAGAAGAUACAAGUACAUUUAAAAUUGCUAAAAGAGAUUCUCCAGCUAAGACUAUUAUCAGUGAUCUUAAACCAGGGACAAGGUAUCGUUUGUGGAUCGAAGUUUAUUUAACGAAUGGAAGAAUUAAAAAAAGUAAUGUGCAAGAUUUUGUUACUAAACCUGGUAUUUUAAUACCAACGAAUGUGCCUCGACAAGCGGAUAAAUUGGCUUCGAUACCGUUACACGAAGGAGAUUAUUAUGGUCCUUUAGUGAUAGUAGCCAUAGUGGCAUCACUCGCAAUAUUAUCUACAUUGAUUCUUUUAAUGAUGUUGAUGAAAAGACGAACGAGCAGUAAGGCGGAUAUAUCACCACGCAAAACUACAUCGGCAUAUGAUAAUCCUUCCUACAAGACUUAUGAAGACGUUAUGACCAUCACUAAUGGAAAAAACAAAAAUAUGGAACACGAACUGGCUACAAUUAAUAGCAAUGUUAAGGGAACUGCCUGAUAUUCUGUAAUUUAUUAGAUUAUAUUUAUUUAUACAAUUUUGUUGAUAUACUUAUCAAUUUGUAAAAUCCGUCCAUAUAAAAUGAUCGUAUAUAUACCAUACGCAAAAUAUGCGUUUAUUCAAGAACGUGUGGGACUGUUCAUUAUCGUUAGUAUAUAUAAAAAUAUUUUAAAAAUUUACUUCACAUAUUUUCAUUCCAGUCUUAUAUAAAAAUAAUGAAAUCUCUUCAUUUAUUAAAUAUAGAAUUUAAUAUGUGUCAUGUAUUAAAUCUUGUACAUAGAGCAAGUGAUAAUGUAACUUUUAAGAUAUUCCAUGAAGAUAUUAUAACACAAAGAUUUUUACAAGCAUUUUUACUUCUACUCAGCUUUAGGAUAUUAAAUUAAUAAAUAAACUUCAAAUAUAAUUGUAAGAAACUGUGAAUAAGCUAUGCUCUAAAUUAAAUGCUUAAAAGUGUUUAAAAAUAUUUACUUAUAAAUGUUAUUAAUAAAUAUAAUAUAUGUAUUUUAUUUAAUGUUAAAAUUUAAGUCUAUAAUCAUGCUGAGUUUCUUUAACUCGGGACUAUUUUGUACAGUCUGCAUUUACAUUGUCAGAAAUCUUGAAAAUAAACUUAUUCAUUAUAAUA